CUCGCACAUACAACAAAACAUGUCGCUCGCACUGGGGAAACGCAAGCGCGCAGUCGCAUCCAAAUCAGCUCUUCCGAUCAAGAAGGCCGCCAUCGUAAAAGCAGCACCACCGCCUCCAGCGCCAGAACCAGAAUCCGACUCGGAAGACCGAGAAGCGCUGAAUGAGGCAUUCCGUCGUGCAUUCGAGAAACGAUUCAAGGCGAUAGAGGAGGAUAAACCAGAAGAAAUUCAAGUUGAAGAGGAGGAAGACUCGGAAAACGAAGAUGAGGACUGGGAUGGCCUUUCAGAAGAUGAAGAGGAUGACGAGGAUGAGAUUGAAGUAGUCGAGCACAACAUGUCCAACUUUGCACGCGAACGAGCAGACAAAGCUGCAUUGAAAGCAUUCAUGGUACUUGCUAUCCUNUCCUCGAAACCACCGACUUCCACAGACGCACCUAGCACAUCCAAGCAACCAACAAAAAAGAAGGACGAAGACGCCGAAGGCACCACAGAACAAGACGAUCUCAAAAACGACCUUGCCCUGCAACGCUUGCUCAAAGAAUCCCAUCUCUUAGACGCCACAUCCCUUUCCACCGACCCUUCUGGCAAGAACCGUCAUAAAGCCACCGAUUUGCGUUUACUCGAACUCGGCUCCAAGACUUCUAUCUUCGCGCAAAAGAAUAUGCCCAAACAUCAAAGAGUGGGCAUUCANAAAAAGAAGGAAGACAAGGAGUUUGAGAGGAGGAGGGAGGCCAAGGAGAAUGGUAUUGUGCUCGAGAGAGUCAGAAGAGAAGGGACAGAUGGGAGAGGAGGUGGCUUUGGAGGUGGUAACAAGAGGGAGCGAGGCAUUGGGAACCCGAGUGUAGGAAGAUUUAGCGGAGGCACGCUGAAGCUGAGUAAGAGAGAUGUUGAGGGUAUCACUGGGCCGAAGAGCAGUGGCAGAGGAGGACGAGGUGGUAAAGGAGGUCGAGGCAGGGGUGGCGGCAGGGGUGGAAGAGGUGGUAAGAGG